AUGCUGGAGAAGCAACAACAUGCGCCGCGGGACGAGGCCAGAGACACCGUACCGAGGCUACCUGUCUCGCUGUCGGGGGAGAUUAAUGCUGCUACACGAUCUCUCCACACAAAUCUCAAUCGCCUCAUAACCUCGCGCCUCCCGCUUGCUCUCCCGCCAUAUACUUCCGACCCCACAUUCUACGCAACUGGCCUGCUACACUUUGCGCACAUCUUCCUGACCUUCGAGUCACUAUGGGCUGAUUUGUUGCGCGACCAUGCUUCAGCCUCGCAUACCGCCUCCCCACCCCCCGCAGUCGAUGCCGAGACCGCGUCGCCACCAUUCUCACCACUACUCUCGUACCUCCUUGUAAACCCAUACGACUCACCUUCACUCUUCACAUCAACACUGGGCGCACCGACACCGUCUUCCCCGCAACUUGCUGCCUUCCUGCAAGCGCUACGACCGAAGGGCUUGGUGCGCUCAUCACGGAUAAAGAGGGACCUGGAGUACCUUCUAGGAGUUCACCCCACAGAUCUCGAGGUUCUACUAGCAAAAUACCCCGGAGACAAGGUUGCCGACUUCUGCACACAUAUUCGCAAGAGCGUAAACGAAAGGCCGUGGACGCUAGUCAGCUAUGCCUGGUGUUUCUACAUGGCCGUCUUCUCCGGAGGUCGCUGGAUACGAAGCGUGCUCUUGAAGGCGCCCCCAGGCUUCUGGCCAGAACAAGACAGCCAAGGGACGACGUUGGAAGAGCGUGGCUUGUCCUUAUGGCAUUUCUUCGGUCCCCACGAUGGGGAGGAUAUCAAGGCGGACUUCAAGACACAAUUGCUCGCUGCGGAGACUCUCUUCACAUCGGAUGAGCGCGUUGAUAUUAUCGAGGAAGCGAAGAAAAUUUUCCGCCUUUGCGCUACGCUGGUUGAUGAGUUGGACGAGUCGAUCGGUACCGAUAUGGCGCAGUUUGAUGCGAAACCCACGAUUCACCCCGAACCAAAGGCUUUGGCCCAGAAAGCGAUCCUCGUCGAAACGAAUGUCACAGGUAUCGCACAUGUGACCAAAGCUGGUGAUCCGUUCAAGACAUUCCUCAGGCGGCCAGAGGUCACGGGUACCCUUGUCGCUAUUGGCUGUCUGGCUGUGGUCACGCUGUUCAGGUUUCAGUGA